GUUCUUUAAAGAACUUGAAGACAGACAUCAGAACAACAUCUUUAUUGAUGAUAUUAGUGAUAUAGUUGAAAAGCAUACUUCUUCAACAUUUGAUCCGUAUGUAAAAUACUGCACUAAUGAAGUCUAUCAGCAGCGAACACUACAGAAAUUACUAGCCACAAAUCCAGCAUUUAAAGAGGUGUUAUCACGGAUUGAGUCCCAUGAAGAUUGCCGGAAUUUACCAAUGAUCUCUUUCCUAAUUCUUCCCAUGCAGAGAGUCACUCGUCUUCCCUUACUGAUGGAUACAAUUUGUCAGAAAACUCCUAAGGAUUCACCAAAAUAUGAGAACUGCAAGCAAGCUCUAAAAGAAGUGAGCAAGCUGGUGCGUUUAUGCAACGAAGGUGCUCGAAAAAUGGAAAGGACAGAAAUGAUGUACACAAUCAACUCCCAACUGGAAUUUAAAAUCAAGCCAUUUCCAUUGGUUUCCUCUUCACGGUGGUUAGUGAAAAGGGGUGAAUUAACAGCAUAUGUAGAAGACACUGGACUUUUUUCUAAAAGAACUUCUAAACAGCAGGUGUACUUCUUCCUCUUUAAUGAUGUCCUCAUUAUCACCAAGAAGAAGAGUGAAGAGAGUUACAGUGUCACAGAUUACUCUUUAAGGGACCAGCUGGUGGUACAACAGUGUGACAGCGAGGACCUGACUUCCUCUCCUGUAAAGAACACCUCAACCAUGCUCUACUCGCGGCAGAGUGCUGCCGCUCACCUCUUCAGGCUAGCGGUCCUCAGUAACCAUGCAGGAGAGAAGGUGGAGAUGCUCCUGGGAACAGAGACUCCAGUGCCCAAGCGGGCAGUCUGUGGGGUGUCUGAUCAGCAGCGACCAAAGGGGCCGUACUGCACAAACGAUGCUCUUGUUGUGGACUGUGCUGGUACCUGCUUGGUCACACUGAAGCUCUCGCUGCGACACUCACGGCUGCUGGGGUUGCACUGUCGCAUG